AUGACGGGCUGGAAAGAAAGCGGUGACCUCACGCCGCGGGAUGGCGGCUGUGAACGCGGCUCUGGCAGCCGCCCCGCUUGGCCGCCCGCCUGGGCUCCGCUCCCGCACACGCCCGGCUGGUGGGCGGUCCUGGCGGCCCGCGUGUGCCUCGUCCUGGGUCCCUCUGAACGGGCCGUGUGGGCCCCCGGGCAGCAGGGGUGCAUCGGCUCUCGGAUAUCUGACCGAGCCUCGUGUACGCCACCCGAGCCAGGGCGAUGCCGCAAGUGGGGGGAGCAGUGGCUGCGCGAUGCCGGUGCCAGCAGGUGCCGCUGCGCUCCCGGUGCCGCUGCGGGCUGCGAGCGGGGCGGGGAGCGGGGCGGGCGAUGCCUCCCCCCGCCUCCUCCCUCCAUCUCUGCCUCCCUCCCUCCGUCCUCGGCCGCUCGCGCCGCCGGGACCAUGGGCUGCUGCUGCCGCCUUCUCCUCGCCCUCCUCCUCCUCCUGCCCGCAGGACUCGGUGAUGACCCCAUAGCAUCCCUCACCCCCUUUCCAGUGGUGGGGACAUCAGCAGGGCCAGGCUCAGGGGGCACAUCUGUCCCCACAGCAGCUCCCCACCAGUCUACACCUCUGACAGCUGCGGGACCCACCAGUAACGGAGUGUCCCCCGAGGUGGGUGGCCGCAAUGGGAGCACCACGGCCAUGCUGUCCCCUGCCUCCACCCCCACAAACACUGUCACUGCAGCAGACAGCCCAUCAGUGGCCCCCAGUUCAGUGCCACCAACCUUGGAGACAGUUCUGAGUCCUUGGACAGCACAUUCCAGCAUGGCGAGAGGCACGACAGAUUCGGGGACAAAUCCAAGCCCUGUGGGCACGCCUGCAUCCUUCUCUUCUUCCUCCCCUCACAGCAGCACCCUGCACUCAUCCCCUGGGACAGCACUGCUCUCACCACCCAUCCCCACCCAGCCACCGGCACUGAUGAAGGACGUCCCUUCCCCAGGGAUGCUGGCUAUGGCAUCAAGCCUGGCCAUGGAGCCAACAUCCCCCUCAGUGACUGUGGCCAGCCCCACCAAGGGCAUGGCUGAAGAAGGCAAAAGUACUCCCUCCACUGGUGUCACCAUAGAAGAGGUUCCACAUGCCUUGAGUGCAGGCAGCAUCGUGGCCAUAACCGUGACGGUCAUCGUGGUGGUCGUGCUGGUCUUUGGGGCGGCGGCGUACCUCAAGAUCAGGCACUCCUCCUAUGGAAGGCUGCUGGACGACCACGACUAUGGCUCCUGGGGGAACUACAACAACCCCCUCUACGACGACUCCUAGCAGGAGAAGAUCCUUAUUUAUCAGCGCUCCCCCAGCACGCACCUGCUGCUUGUCCUCGCCACGCAUGCUGGGCUGCAGCCUGGAGGCCAAGCUGCCGCCAUGAGCAGCACACCGCAGCAGGCCCCGCAGGAGGCGGCUGGCUGCAGGGCAGGUGCACAGCGCCCACAAUAAACCGGAGUGCUGGCGCUUUGUGUGGGAAGCUCUCUGAUAACAUGGGGUGGGUGCUGCUUCGGAAGUGGAGGGGGACCUGGGGCAGGUCUGCCCCUUUGCUGCUAGCCCAAUAAACCCAAAUUCCCUUUGGGAGGGCUGCGGGAGGCAAAGGCAGAAGACAGCAGCCCUGCGUUAUCCCCGGAAAGAACACAGAGCGUCCCAUUGCUUUACGUGUCCCUCCCUCCAAGAUCACCUCCCUGCACUGUCCCACUGCAAAAGCCUAUGCCUUCCCUCGCCUGUGGUAGCUCGCCAUGGGCAAUUACACAACUGCUUACUCUCCUGCUGUUUCCUUUUGCGUGUUUAUGCAGAGAAGCAUGUCAUUUCACUUUUCCUCCUUUCUUUUUUCCUCCAACGCAGCGUGGGAGCCUGCAGGAAAGGCGCCUUUCCCACCUGCACUUCUGGGAUAAGGAACACCCCACUGCUGCACCCAUAGUUUGCUCUGCAGCACUAUUUUUCAUCCUUCAAACAGUUGUCCUCUAAAAUACACUGAAGCCAUUUUUAUCCCCAGUUUAUGCAGACAGUUAAUUGCACACAUGCACACACCAAAAAGGAAAAAAAGGGGGCUGGGUUGUUUAUGGUUGGUUUCAUCUUUAAAUGCUGCAGUGUAUACUACAGGCUUCUACAAGAGCAGGUGGGCUGGCAGCACUGUGUUCAAACCCCUCACUUUUUGGGGACCAGCAACACAAAGCUGUCCAUUCAGGGGACAGCUGAGAUGGGCAAGACCAGAUUUCUCUUCUGGCUCCUUGGCAGAACAAGCCCCAUGUAUGUGCACAGGUCUGCAGCUCCAGCCUUCCUCUGGGCAUGAUGCUUGAGCACCUGGCUGAACACUGGAACAGGGGCUUAUUUUGGGAAGAGGGUUGUCACCCCCCACAACAGAGUCUCCACAGCACCUUCGCAUCCCCACACUGGUGAGCUCAUGGAGAAAACUUCAUCAGCUUUCAGGAGCCUUCAUCAGGCACCUCAACGUGGAGGCCUCUCACCUGGGCUUGGUGGCAGAGAUGCUGCCCUCCACUGAAGAUGAGCUGUGGGUACCAAGCAGCUCCUCAUUCUUUUUUAAGGCGGAUGGGUUAGAAACAGCAAAUAAAGCAGAGAACAUCACUAAAGUGCUGCAGAGCCCUGAGGUUUGUCUUUAUCUGAGAUAUCUCAUGCACUUGGAGUCCUCUUCACCUGUGCUGAAGGGCACAGCAGAUUUGGAGCAGGUAUGACAGCAGGCAAGAAAACUUGCCAAGGCACUGGGAAUGAUCAAGGGAAAAUGGCCAUAAUUAAGAACACAACCUGUGCAGAGAGGGCAGUGUUCAUUCACUUCCUUUUCUAACAUCAGCUAGAAAAUGGGUCCACAACAAGGUCACAGUCCCUUGGUGAAGCAUGUUGGCUCUGGGAGAAAGCAGAUGAGUUUACAAGAGAAAAACUUGCUGAUAACUACACCUUCAAAUCCAUCCAGCUGAGGAAAGCCAAACUUUUGGCAUACAUAGGGCAAGUUUUAUGAUAGGGUUUCUCCUUUCUUGUAUUUUUUUUUAUUUUCUAGUAUUUUAUGUUUGCUUCAAUAUUUGUUUCAGUAGGUCCCAGGACACCCUCUGUUCUGGGCUUAUAUUUAGGGGCUCAAAUACUUCCUAGCAGGUGCACCCCAGGAGGGAGUGUUCUUCUCCAUGAGCAAUACAGGGCAGAACCUGUGCAAAUCCAAAAUGUCACCCUGCCUGCACCUGGGAUGCUGAGGCUCCCCACUACUUAAUAACAGAGUCCACUUCUUUUUCCCCAGAUGGCCCUGAUUCUCAGCUGUCUGCUUCAGUGAGGCUGGGGAAAGAAGGGGAGAGAAUGCAGAGGUGGGAACUGCCAGCUCUAGCAAUACGGGGGAGGAGCAAUUCUCCCACAGUGGCUGCCUUCUGCUUCAGUUCCAACAGAUGCAGCCCCAUUGAUGCUUGUCUGUCCCCAAAUCAGGACUUCAGUGCUCUGAGAAUGGCCAUCAUGCCUACAUUUUGCUCAGAUUAUUAUUAAAAGUGUGAUGUGCUGUA